AUGCCUUAUACACCCCCCUCCCACCACCGAUCGCCAGCAAGCUCAGCGCCGUCAUCGCCCGACGCGAGCAGACGAUCAUCCUUCCAGUCCAGCCCCAGACCCUCACUACCAAGGUCAGCAUCAUACCUCACCAAGCACAGGAGGACCCCGGCGGCGGCAGCUGCAGUUGCUCCCACAACAAAUGGCAACUCGGACCAGCCUACACCACCAGGAACCUCCGACGACUUGAAGGGCAUGGCGGCCAACAGCAGCAGUGUGAGGCAAUCGCCGCCGCCCCUGACCGACGAGCGAGGCAUACCCAACGGCGCCAUCAUUUCACCACCCGACUCGGGAAGCGAAGAGGAGGAUGUCGCAGAGCGUGGGAGGCAAAUCGAGAAUCUUAAGGAGCUUCAGGAUGCCAUUAGUCAAAUACCCGUCAAGAGGGAAGCGUCUCCGACCAGUUCUAAGCUCGACCAACCCGCGUUAUCUCUCAUCACCCAGGAUGAUCUUCCCAAGGAAGGGCUUCCCACCAGCUUUAGCACUAGCUCCCUGGACGCCCUCGCCAAGACGGUCGCCCGUCGCGUCAGCCAUGUGCGAUCCAACACCGAGCCCAGAAUAGUAAUGGAGUCGGCUUCCAUGCCUGGAUCAGAGUCCGAUUCAGACGGUAACAACUUCGAAAACAAGCCCCCAAUGGUACGGAAGAAAUCUGGCGAGCUUGUCAGACCCGCACUUCGACCCGCCUCUGCUCGCAGGCGGCCGUCCAGCAUGCCUGGCACCCCAACCUUCUCCAAGGCCGUCCACUUCGACUCCCACCUCGAACACGUUCGCCAUUUCCUCCAGGUCGAUCGGCCACUCGCUGUCAGUGCCGGGUCCUCGCCGGUCGAUAACUACGACAGUGAUACCGAGUACCCCUUCCCUGGAGAAGAACGUCAGAACGCCCGCACUCCUCCAUUCGAGUGGGAAAUUGUCACGGCAAAUCACCCUACUGACACUCCUAUUCGCAAGUCCAUGCCUGUCCGCCUCGAAAGAGUUUGGCUGUCACCCGACCAGAAGAACUUGCUGGGUUCUGUCGCUGUUGCCAACCUGGCAUUCCAGAAAUACGUCACCUGCCGGUUCACCCUGGACUACUGGAAGACGACUUCGGAGGUUGGUGCUGAGUACUCACAUGAGGUCCGCGCUCAGGACGACAACGUUGCCCAAGACAGAUUCACUUUUACCAUUAAGCUCUCCGACCUGGCUAACCUCGAGACGAAGACGCUAUUCUUCUGCAUCAAGUACAAUGUCAAUGGUCAGGAACACUGGGACAACAACAAUGGUACCAACUUCCAGGUUGAUUUCCGCAAGAAGCACCUCCCCCAGAAUGGCAAGAGAGGCCUGCAGGGCGCCGCUAGCCGCCCGGCGCUCCCCCGCAGCAACCGUCGCUCGAGCCCUUCUUCAGCGCCUCGACCAAAGUCCAUGCCUGUCGGCUUCGACGACUUUGGCAACCAGGCCAAGCUGAACUUUGACCAACCCAUCCACGAGUAUCUGGGCGAGUCGGGCCCGACGGCGGGGCUCCGCCUCAAGAUCAACAAGUCCACCGGCAAUCUGGCUAGCGAUAACCUCUCGAGCCGUCUGACUGCCCCCAGCGGACAAGCGUUCUCCAAUCGCUACGACUUUGGCGCUUCACUCACUGCAGCUGUACAGGCAGCCAAGGACACUAUUGGCAAGGACCGCAACCAGGAUGGUCUCUAUAUGAAGAGCCACCGCAAGAUUCAUGUUCCUGCACCACAGCCGCAGCAAACGAGGCCGGCCCCGGCCACGACCGCUCCCCGUGUCUCCAAACCGGUUGUCAAACAGCCCGCGGUCCCUGGCACCGACUCCCCCAACCCUUCCCUUGCCUCGUCAUCGUAUGAGGAAUUGGUCAACAAAUACUGCUUUUUCGGCUCCAAGCAGUCCAGUCCGCAAAUUAAAGAUGGUACUUUGAGAAACGGCAAGUUUGACGGGGCCGACGAUAUUUCUGCUACCCGCGGUUCCAACAGCACCAGCUCAAGCUCCAACGGCAGCCCAAGCACAGCCCACCAUGCUCAACACGCCGGACCCGCUCAACACCACGCCUUCCAUCUCCGCGACUCCAACCCUUACUUUCAGCAUUUGGGAUCCUACGGUGCAUCACCAGCCUCAUCUCCACUCAGUCAUACCCUGCAAAACGAGCGACCUGUCAGCCAACGUCCGAGUCAGGCUACCACCCCAGCAGCAAUGAGGUCUGCCUCACCCGCGACCUCGGUGGGUGGCUUCCCGUUCGCCGGGGUUAACGGCGUCGCUCGCUCCAACAUGUCCAACAUGUAA